AGGACGAAAGAGAAGAAUCCAUCAUCACUUCAACGAGAGAGAGAGAGAGAGAGAGAGCGAGCUCGGUGAUGGUGAGGAUCGUCCCUAUGGCUUCGUCAUCCUCCUUCAACUUGGCAUCCCUCCGCCAGUCCUCUGCCAACGUCGCCAGCCUCUCUGCCUUCCCUCGCCGCCGUCCACUCUUUCGCUCUCGUCGCGUCUCCGCCUUACUUCCAGCACAGUUGUUUGGAAUAAGAACUUACAUGAAGCAAAGAGCAGAAGUAAACAGUGUUGAAGCCAGCACUGCUGGAAAUAUGGCUUGUGCAAGCACCACCAUCAGUCAAGAAAGUGCACUGGAGUGGGUCAAAAGAGAUAAAAGGAGAUUACUUCAUGUUGUUUAUCGUGUUGGAGAUUUGGAAAAGACCAUAAAGUUCUACACUGAAUGCUUGGGAAUGAAGCUGCUAAGGAGACGUGACAUUCCUGAGGAAAGAUACACUAAUGCUUUCCUUGGAUUUGGGCCAGAAGAUUCUCACUUUGUUGUUGAGCUGACUUACAAUUAUGGAGUGGAUAAGUAUGAUAUUGGAACAGGCUUUGGUCAUUUUGGCAUAGCAGUUGAAGAUGUGUCCAAAGCUGUGGAUCUCAUAAAAGCUAAGGGGGGAAAGGUUAUUAAGGAACCUGGUCCUGUCAGUGACGCCAAUACUGUGAUUGCUUUUAUUGAAGAUCCUGAUGGUUACAAGUUCAAGCUUGUGGAAAGGGGCCUCACACCAGAGCCCUUGUGUCAAGUAAUGCUUCGGGUGGGCGAUCUUGGUUGUUCCAUAAAUUUCUAUGAAAAAGCUUUUGGCAUGGAGCUUCUGCGCAAACAAGACAAUCCAGAGAACAAGGUUAUGUGCUAAUUGGUUGCAAGUCAAAGCUUCAUACUGUAUCACUAAAACAGGAGUUCAAGUGUACAGUAGCAAUGAUGGGAUAUGGACCUGAAGAUAAAAGUACAGUUUUGGAGUUGAUGUAUAACUAUGGGGUUCAUGAGUAUGACAAAGGAAAUGGAUAUGCACAG